UGAACAAUUUAUUAAACGUUUAGUUGAUGUCUUGCUAACGUUUCGUUGACAUUAUUCCGCACCGUAGACAGUGUUUAUAAUCGCUUCACGUGCAAAGAGAGAAAAUUCUCAGAUAUCGUGUAACUGAUUUGUUAAACGUCUAGUGACGAUUAACAAAUUGUUAAAUGUCUAUAAGACAUCUCUGCCAUUUGACCGUCUUAAGUUAUUUUCACCAGUAUGCGCAGUGAAAUGCAAUGAAACAUCACUUUCCGUUUCUGUUUAAUUGUUUUUGGCACUUGAUCUUUAAUGAACCUGUCAAUUUCAGAUCUUAAAGUGUCUGAGACUCAAAGCUUUAGCUGUCUCUGCUUCUCUUUGUCUCUGGCUCUGCUGAAAGAUGUCGUAUUUUUUAUAUAAGAUGCAUUUUUUACCUUAAAGCAUCCGAAAGAUAUCCGCGGUACGAGAUAAAGUUAUUAAACCGCUCGUAGGAAGAAAAUAUUUUUAAACGUCUCGCCUAUCGGCUCGCCGUGCAGAUUUGCUCUACCUACUCGCGGUUAUAAUAAUAUGCGACGGAGAAAUACUUCCAGCCGGUAAUCAACGUCGCCGUCAUUGGCGAUGUAUGAUGCCAACUUGUAUAGGACGGCGGCGACGGUCAGUUCCUCUCCGACGAGCGCCGGCGGCGGCUGCGACACCUCCCUAGUCACCAUGAUGGAGACGCUGUCGGACUACUACACUGCCUUCAUGUGGCGGAGAGAUCCUCGCGUGCGCUCGUGGCCACUGAUGGGGCCGUGGGGCGGCGCGCAGACUGCCGCCAUCCUCACCGUGUACUCGCUGAUGGUGAUGUUCGGUCAGCGCCUGCUCAAGAACCGCACCCCGGUCAACGUGCUGUACCCCAUGGUGGUGUACAACGUCACCCAGGUGCUGCUUUGCGCCUACAUGACCUAUGAGUUUGUGGUCGCAGCCACCGGUCUGCAAGUGAGCCCCGUGUGCGCUCGGGUGGACGUAUCCGAUAACCCGUACUCACUGCGGCUGACCAAGGUCUCGUGGCUGUUCAUGGCGUCCAAGAUAGUGGAUAUGUGCGACACGGCCUUCAUGCUGCUGAAGGGCGACAAACGGCGAGUGUCCUUCCUUCACGUGUUCCACCACGGCUCCAUCUUCUACAGCUGGUGGCUCUGCGUCAUGUUCGCCCCCGGCGGCGUCGGCUACACCGGCGGCGUCAUCAACUCGCUGGUCCACACGCUGAUGUACGCCUACUACCAGCUCUCCACGAUGGGACCCGAGGUCCGCAAGCACCUCUGGUGGAAGCGCUACCUCACCAUCCUCCAAAUGGUCCAGUUCUGUUGCCUGAUCGGCAUCGCCGUGCUCACCCGCCUGCCAGGCCUGCGCUGCGGCUACCCCGAGUGGAUCUCCGUCGUCACCUUCUUCUACAUCUUCGUGCUGCUGGGACUCUUCGCCAACUUCUACGUGAAGACGUAUGUGAAGGUCCAGGCGGCGAAGGCUGCUGCGGCGGCGGCGGCCGCUGCUGCUGCCUCCCGCGAGGAGCCGGCGCCGGUUCAGAAGCUGCGCGAGCUCAACUCGAGCGUCACGCAGUUGGUGGGUCGCGCCCGCUUCGCCUGCCUGCACGGCGACCAGGCCCACGGCCGGUGAGCCGUCCGAGUCGAACGGGGCAGGGUCACCGGGCGAAGCAGCGGACCUGGGGAGACCGCAGUGACGGCGAGACGGCGAUGGUAGACACUAGCCAGGGUAGAAAGAUGGGGAUAUGACGCAUGUCUUCCAGCCGCGCAGCGUCCGUCUUCGGCCAGACGGAACGGAGAGUGACAUGGUGCCGGCGCCUGAUUCGCUAUGUGUUCUCUGCUCGACUUGAAGUGCUAAGUAGGUAUCGAACUGUCUUACAGACUGUAGAUAGAUACAUGGUGUGAUGUAGUCUGUACUGUUGGGCGUUGUGCCCUAUGCUGUUGUGUUUCUGGCUGUUGCGCGUCAUGCUUUGUUGCGAUGAGCAAAUUGGGAGGUGGUGGCGACUGGCGACGAAUUCAAAUUCUAAACGUUCAGGCGUGCCGCGGAUAAAUGGAGAAGCCGAACGAGAUUGCCGGCCUAAAAUGCACGGACGGGUUAUGCUCGCGAAUCUUUGCGCUGUACAAACGUCUGAAAAGCCGAUUACAAAUCAAUCACGGUCCACGCACCACCGGGGUGUGCGGUAGUGAAUGAACUGUGCUUGCUGUGAUGAAUGUCGUUAAGUGCCUUAUAGUUUAGGUCUAGCGUAAUAGUAAGUUAUGUUGUGGAAUAUAUGUAUUUAAAUACAACACAAACGCAUAGCAGA